GCGGAAUAUGAAUGGUUACCAUUAAGAAUAUCGAAAGAGAGCUCAUUUGCCCAGCAUGCAAGGAGCUGUUUACCCACCCGUUGAUUCUCCCUUGUCAACAUAAUAUUUGUCAUAAGUGUGUGAAAGAACUCUUACUGACGCUUGAUGAUUCAUUCAAUGACGUGGGAUCAGACAACUCCAAUCAGAGCAGUCCUCGACUUUGGGUCACCUCCCCUAGCUUGGAUAAAAUUGACAGGAUUAACAGACCAGCAUCACAACGGAGAUCUUUGGGGUGGAGAGGUCAUAAGAAGAUACUAAAUGGCUGGAAGCGCAAUUCAUUGACGCCUAAGACAACUACUUUUCCUUGUCCUGGCUGUGAGCAUGAUGUGGAUCUUGGAGAGCGAGGAAUCAACGGUCUAUUUCGAAAUUUCACUUUGGAAACUAUUGUUGAAAGAUAUCGGCAGGCAGCCAGGGCAGCCACAGCCAUUAUGUGUGAUCUUUGUAAACCACCACCUCAAGAAUCCACAAAAAGUUGCAUGGACUGUAGUGCAAGCUACUGCAAUGAAUGCUUUAAAAUUUAUCAUCCUUGGGGUACUAUAAAAGCCCAACAUGAGUAUGUGGGCCCAACCACUAAUUUUAGACCCAAGAUUUUAAUGUGCCCAGAACAUGAAACGGAGAGAGUCAACAUGUACUGUGAAUUAUGUAGGAGGCCAGUUUGUCAUCUCUGUAAGCUGGGUGGUGGUAAUCAUUCCAAUCACCGUGUAACCACUAUGAGCAGUGCCUACAAAACCUUAAAGGAAAAACUUUCAAAGGAUAUUAAUUACCUUAUUGGCAAGGAGAGCCAGGUGAAGAGUCAAAUUUCGGAACUAAACUUGUUAAUGAAAGAAACAGAGUGUAAUGGAGAGAGGGCUAAAGAAGAUGCAAUUACACAUUUUGAAAAGCUCUUUGAAAUUCUAGAAGAGAGGAAAUCAAGUGUUUUGAAAGCAAUCGAUGCUUCAAAGAAACUAAGAUUAGACAAAUUUCAGACUCAAAUGGAAGAAUAUCAGGGGCUUCUAGAGAACAAUGGACUUGUGGGAUAUGCUCAAGAAGUGCUUAAGGAGACAGAUCAGUCUUGCUUCGUACAGACAGCCAAACAACUCCACCUCAGAAUACAGAAAGCUACGGAAUCUUUGAAGAGCUUUAGACCUGCGGCCCAGACUUCUUUUGAAGAUUAUGUUAUUAAUACAUCUAAACAAACAGAACUUCUUGGAGAAUUGUCCUUUUUCUCUAGUGGCAUAGAUGUGCCAGAGAUCAAUGAGGAACAGAGCAAAGUUUAUAACAAUGCGUUGAUAAAUUGGCACCAUCCAGAAAAGGAUACAGCUGAUAGCUAUGUCCUCGAAUAUCGGAAGAUUAAUAGAGAUCAGGAAAUGUUGUCUUGGAAUGAGGUAGAAGUUUGUGGCACAAGUAAAGUUAUUUCAGAACUUGAAAGUAACUGUAACUACGCUUUCAGAGUAAGAGCCUACAAGGGUUCCAUCUGCAGUCCUUGCAGCAGAGAAUUGAUUCUUCAUACUCCUCCGGCUCCAGUUUUCAAUUUCCUCUUUGAUGAAAAAUGUGGUUAUAAUAAUGAACACCUCUUGCUGAACUUGAAGAGAGACCGUGUAGAGAGUAGAGCUGGAUUUAACCUUCUGCUUGCUGCAGAACGCAUCCAAGUGGGAUACUACACAAGCUUAGACUACAUCAUUGGAGAUGUUGGGAUUACAAAAGGGAAGCACUUCUGGGCCUUCCGUGUGGAACCCUAUUCAUACCUGGUCAAAGCAGGAGUUGCUUCCAGUGAUAAACUGCAAGAAUGGCUUCGUUCUCCCCGGGAUGCAGUGAGUCCAAGAUAUGAGCAAGACAGUGGACAUGACAGCGGAAGUGAGGAUGCCUGUUUUGAUUCUUCACAACGCUUUACGUUAGUUACUAUAGGCAUGAAGAAGUUCUUUAUACCCAAGUCACCUACUUUUAAUGAAGCUGAAAAUAGAGUUCUCCCCAUGCCAACAAGUAUAGGGGUUUUCCUCGACUAUGAUAAAGGCAAAGUGGGCUUCUAUGACAUGGAUCACAUGAAAUGCCUUUAUGAGCGCCAGGUGGACUGUUCGAGCACCAUGUAUCCAGCAUUUGCAUUAAUGGGCAGUGGAGGAAUUCAGCUUGAAGAACCCAUCAUGACAAAAUAUCUAGAAUACGAAGAGGACAUGUAGUUUAAGCAUCUGAUGUGACUUAGAAGGAAAAAUGUAGGCAAAACAAUGCCUGGGUGUUUACCUUCGUAACUAAUUACAUAUCAUCUAAGUA